UGUGCUAAAGUAAGAUAAGAUUUGUUUUUAAAUGUUCAAAAUCACCUUCACUAUUACUACAGCAAUAUGCCUCCAUCAUCAGACCACAACUACAUUGGCAGAACUAAUUCAAUCCAGUAAUAACACAGAAGAUCACAAUUCAUCCAUUUUAAAAUCAUGUAUAGCAAGCCGCCAUGGCACAAUCCAGAGAUUACGUUGGAGACUUCCUGACAGAAUUCAAGGAGCAGAUAAUUACAAGAGCGACUCGGGUCAGCGACAUUGCUGAGGAUGUUAUCUCCCAAAGUCUGAUUCAUGAUGUGGCAGCUCAACAAGUGCAGGCUGCUCCAAGCAAGCAGGAGGCAAUGCGGCUCCUGUUUAAGGCUUUGGAAAGACAGCCACCCCUAAACAGAGUGUCCUUCCAUCUCAUCCUGAGAAUGACAGAGCCUGAACUGAUUCAAGAACUAGAAUGGAGACUACGUAACAGCAAGCACACACAAACAGAGAGAAGCAGUCCUCCCAGAGAAAAAAUAAAACAGGAUGACAAGAAUGGGCAUACAAGUGAAAUCCAGAAGAGAAAAGAUUUUCUAAAAAAGCGUAGACUGAAAACAAUGCGUGCCAUUGAGCAGAUCGGGAAAUUCUGGGAAGGAACUAAGCAAGAAAGGACGGAGAUAGACAACAUGAGGCAGAUGAUUCAGCAACAGCAAGAUGAGAUAGCUAGGAUGACCACAGAAAAAAGACAAUUUGAGAGAACUAUUACUCACAUGAAAGCCAAGAUGGACCACAUCUGUGAAAGAAUGGAUCGGAAUAAAGAAGAGGUAAAUGGAGAAAGAGAGAGGAUUGAGCAGAUGAGGUCUGACCUCCAAACUGAGCAAACCACCCUGGAGCAAAAGAGUGUUGAAAUCAUGAGAGAGAGAGAGAACUUGGAGAUGAUCAGAUAUGAGACUCUGAGACAGAAGGAGGAGCUGGAGAGCAACUGUGAAAGCAAAAAGUAUGAGAUGGAACGAAUGGAACAAAUGAAAAGUGCCAUACAAGUUCAGAUCAAUGAGAUGGAGAUGAAGAUUGAGGAAACACAGAAAACAAAGUGUCAGAUGGAGCAGAUAAGAGCUGAAAUAGAGGAGGAAAAAGCAGAGUUGGAAAGAAAGAAGGACGACAUCAAGAGGCAAAGAAACCAGUUUGAACGGAUUAAAGCUGAUAUACAGCAAGUUAAGAUGGAAAUGGAACAAAGGUGGCAUGAAACAGAGAAAGAAGGGCUGGAACGGACAGCUUUAAUUCAGAAAGAGAAAGAUGAGCUGAAGUACCUGCAAGAUGAGAUUCAAAGAGCAAGAGAAGAGGUUGAAAGAAACAGAGCAUUUUCAAAACAAGAGAAUGAGAGAAUAAACCAGCUGAGAGCUCAAACACUUACAGAAAACAACCUCAUUGAAAAGAAAUGGCAAGAUGUCUUUAGAAAAGAAAAAGAUCUGGAAGAGAUGAAGCAUGAAAUUGAGAGAGGUCGAGAGGAGCUGAUGAUGAAUGAAGAGCUGGUCAAAAAGGAAUGGGAAAAAAUCGAACAGGCCAAAGUGGACGUUCACAAUCACAAGAAAUCUAUGGAUGCCAGAGUUGAGGACAUAAAAACAGAAACUGUUAGGCUGAAACAUAUGAAAAUAGAGAUGCAGAAAGAUAAAGAUAUUCUAGAAAAACAGAAGGAAGACAUACAGAAAGCUAAAGAAGAAAUGGAGAAGAAGAGGUACGAGAUAGUGACAGAGGAGUUAGAGCACAGAGCUCGACUGCAGAGGGAGAGAGACGAGCUGGAGAGUGUAAGAGCAGAGGUACAAAGGGCUAAUGAUAUGGAGAAAGCAAAGAUACUGAAAGAGAAGGAAGAAAGCAUUAAUAUAAGAAAAGAAGCCAGACAAGAAAGAGAAAUGACAGAACUGAUCAAAGCAGAGAUCAAGGCUGAAAAAGACAGCUUGUACCAAAGACAAGAGGAGAUGCUGAGGGACAGACAACAGCUAGAAAUAAUUAAACAUGAGAUGGACAGAGCCAAAGAGGAGAUCGAGAAAAGCAAAGAAGUCGCAAUCCGGGAAAAUGAGAAAAUUGAAAAAAUGAAGGCUGAAAUUCAAGAACAAAUUGAAGAUAUUGAGAAGAAGGUUGAGGAGAUCCAAAAAACAAAAGAAAAAAUGGAGGAGACAAAGGCUGAGUUGGAGGAAGAGUGGGAGGAGCUGGAAAGAAAGAGAGAAUUGGUGAGAAUAGAGACCGAACAGUGCGAGUUCCUCAGAAGUGAAAUCCUCAAGGUGAAGGAGGCAAUGGAGAGCAGGUGGCAUGAAACAGAGAAAGAGGAGGUGGAACUCAGAGCAAAUACUCAGCAUGAGCUGGACAGACUAGAGAAAUUAAGGGACGAGGUCCAAAGAUCCCAGAAAAAUAUUGAAGAGAGCAGGAAUGAGCUCAUGCAAUGGAAGGAUAGUCUUGAAAAAAUGAGGGUUCAGGUAGAAGAAGACAAACGUGCAGCUGUCAAACAGAUGGAUGAGGCUAAAGCAAAGAAAGAAGAGCUGACAAAAAUGGUAGAAAAUAUGGAGAAAGAUCGAGGGGAGAUUAAUGACAGCAGAGAACAGGCUAAUCAAGAAGCAGAUGAAAUAAAAAGGAUGAGAAAUGAGCUACAAAGACAGCAGGCAGAAAUAGAGCACAGGAUUAGAGUGGCAAAACAAGAAAAAGAGGAGGCAAACCAUGCCAUACUUGCAGUCCAAGAGGCUCAGAUGCUCUUAAAAAAGCAAAUGGAAGAGUCUGAAAAAAGGCGGUAUGAAGCCAUAACAGAGGCAUUAGAGCAAAGGGAUGAAAUACACAAAAAAACAGAGGAGUUAGAACAAAUAAAUGAAGAAAUACAAAGAGCCAGGCAUGAGCUAGAAAAGUUGAGGCAUUCUGAAAAAGAAAGCAGAGAGCGGAAAAUGUUAGAGGACACACAGCAAGAGAGAGAGUUUGUUGAGCCAAUGAAAAUAGCUGUGCUUAAGGACAAGGAAGAUCAGGAAAAGUCUUUAGCUGAGAUAGAGAAGGAGAGAGAGGAGCUCAAACAGAUUAGAGUUCAGGUCCAGAACGAGAAGAAAGAUCUAGAAAAACGAAGGUAUGAGAUGAUGAGAUAUGACAUAGAACAGAGUGCUCAGGUGCAGAGACAAAGAGAAGAACUUGAGAAGAUCAAGACUCAGUUAGUUAUUGACACAGAGACCAUGAACAGAAGCAAAGAAUUAGCGCAACAAGACAGAGAGAAAGUCGAGUGUAUUAUGAUUGAGAUCCAGAAACAAAGAGAGGAAGUGAAUAAAAGGUUAGAGGAGACAAAACAACGGGAGGACGCUUUGAGGAAGAUGACAGAGGACAUGGAGCAUGAGAGAGAAGACCUGGAGAAGAUUCGUGUGGAAACGCUGAGAGGGAAAGACACUUAUGAAGAGGUCAAGGAUGAGAUUAACAGAGUGAGAGCGGAGAUAAAGAGGUUGUGGGAUGAGGCUGAAAAGGGAGAGCUGGAGGAACGAGAGAGAUUAAACAGGGUGAAGGAUGAGACGAUGAGGAAGAUAGAAGCUAUGAAGAAGGAGCUGGGUGAGAUUGAAGACACAAAGGUGGGGUUAAUUAAACAAAAUAAGGACAUUGGCAUAAAGAUGGAAAAGGCAAGGUUGGAAAUGACUAAACUUGAAAAGAUGAAAGCAGACCUCCAAAAACAGAAAGAAGAUAUUGAAAUCCAGAUGAUGGAAGCAAAGUGUGAGAGAUACCAGAUGGAACUGAUGAGGACUGAGAUCUUAAAACAAAAAGAGGAUGUUGAAAGCAAAAUGGAGCUAGCAAAAGCAGAAAUGGACAAAAUGCAGCUUGUCAAAGAAGAAAUACAAAGACAAAGAGAAGAGCUUGAUGAAAGGAUGCAGAAAACCAAACGAGAGAUUGGAGAAAUGGAGCUGAUGAAGAGAGAAAUGGAAGGGAAGAAGAAAGAACUCGAGAAAAGGAUGAAAUUGACCAUGAGGAAGAAGGACGAGAUGGAACGACUGAAGAUGGAGAUACAAAGAGCAAAAGAUGAGAUGGAACGUAAAAGAGUGGAGACAGAGAGGCAGAAGUAUGAAAUGGAGCAAGUUAAAGCUGAAAUCCAAAGAGCGAGAGAGGAGGUUGAAUUUAGGAUGGAGGAGAGAGAUUUACAAGAAGAGAAAGGACAGAUGAACCUCACUAUAAUCAACCUUAUCCAACAGAUUGAGGUGACAAGAGAAAUGGUGCGAAAAGCAAAAUUCCAGAUUGAAAACCAAAUGGCAGGAAGUCAGAUGGAGACAACAGACCAAGAAGAGAUGAAUGCCGAAAUGCAGAGGCUCAUUCUGGAGGUUGAACACAUCCGUGAAAUGCUGCGAGGUCUUAAGGGUGAGGUGGAACACAACAAGGAAAUGAUGAAGAGAGACAGGGAUGAGAUGAAGCUGCUGAAGAAUGAAGUUCAACGAAGGAGAAGAGAGAUUGAAUACAGAGAAGAAAAGAUUAUGAGGGAACGGGACGAACUAGAACUCAUGAGAAAUAUGUUGCAGCGGCAAAGAGAGGAACUGGAGGAGAGGCUGGAGGAGACCAUUAAAGAGAAUGAUAAGGUGGAGCAAAUGAGAGAAGAUGUGAAAAAUGCUUUGGAGGACAUAGAAGAGGCCAAAAAAGAGAUAAAGAGAGAGAAAGAACUCAUUGCUCAAGAAAGGACAGGAAAAGAAAAGAGAGAGAAAUAUGAAUUGGAAAAAACAAGAAUGAUGGAGAUUAAACAAGCUGAUGCGCAAGUCCAAACUGAUGUGAUAGAUGAUAUAGGAAAAUAUCAGAUGAUCUUAACCAUGGAGGAGCUGGAUAAACAGCGAGAAGCACUGGAACAUUUAAAAAAAGACUUACUUGCACAAAAAAGUACAAUUGAGAGACAACUAGCAGAAAUAAAAAUGAGCAAGGAUGAAUUUUCACUGAAAGAAGUCGCACUGCAAACUGCAACAAAAAAUGCAGCAGACAUGGAGUUGCAAUUAGAACGGCGAAAACAGGAGCUAGAACACACAAAAGAUGAGCUGGAAAGGACAAAGCUAGAAAUACAGAAAGGAUGGGAUGACCUGCAGGCUGAGAUUACAGAAAGCAGGGAAAAAGAAGACAUGAUAAGAACAGAAUUAGAAAAAGCAAGAGAUGUCCUAAAUCACAUUAGACAGGAUAUAGAAAAACAAAAACAAACCAUGGAGGAUGAUCUAAAAGACACUUUCGCUAGGGAACUAGAAGACAUAGGAGCUCAGCAAAAAAGCAUAGAGGAUGAAAAGAGAACAUUAGAGAACAUGAAAUAUGAGCUGGAAAAGGAGUCUAAUGAUAUUGAAAGGUUAAAACAAAAUGUGCAAAAAGAAAGACAGAAUAUGGAGAAAAGGGCAGAGCAGCUUCAAAAAGAGAGAGAGGAACUAGAAAAGAAAAUGUGUGAUAUUCAACAAAUACAAGCACAGAUUGUGAGAGAAAAUAAAGAUCUAGAGAACCUGAGAGAGGAGAAUGAGCAAACAUUGAAAAAUAUCAAAAUGGAAAGAGAGACCCUUGAGAAAAUUAAUGAACUCUUUUUACAACAAAAAUGUGAUUUUGAGAAUGAAAAGGAAGAAGUAAAGAAAAGAGAAAAUGAACUACAGCAAAUGCAGGUUGAUCUUAACAGACAACAAAAAGACAUGCAUGAUAUUCAGAAUAUAGUUUUCAUGCAAAAAAGUCAACUUCAGAAAAGUCAAGAGGAAAUAGCUGAAAAGCUAAAACAGGUGGAUAACAUCAUGCAGUUUACACAAAGUGAAAAAGACAGUCUUGACAGAGAGAGGGCGGCUAUAAUGGAGCAGAAGCAGCAGAUGGACAGAAACAUGACAGAUGCAUUAAACAGAGAACUAGAAACUGUGGAGCUUCUGAAACUAGAGCUACUAAAUGAGAAGCGACUUAUUGAGGACUGCAGAAUAGCUUUAAUGAGAGAGAUAGAAGAUCUGGAGCAAAAGAAAACCAAUUUGGGGAUACAAGCAGAGGAGAUAAAAUUACAAAGACAAGGUAUUGCAGAAGAGAAAAACAUGUUGGUACAGACUGAAUCUGUGCUGCAAAGAGUAAGUGAAGACACUGAGAAGCUAAGACAAGAUACACAAGCUGAACGACAGAAACUUAAAAACACUGCUAUGCAACUUCAGAAAGAGAGAGAUGGCAUUGUGAGUCUUGCAGAGGAGACAAAAAGAAAGAGGGAGAACCUGGACAAAAUGCAAACUGACAUAGAAAAGCAGGAAAAAGCAUCUGAGAUAUUGAAGGCCAUGAAGGCUAAUCUGCAAAAAGAAGCCAGUGUCAUUGAAAAUUUAAGACAAGCUGUUCAAAAUGACAUACAAAACGUUAAAGAUAUGGAAGCCAAAAUUCAAAAAGAAAGACAAUGCACUGACAGUUUAGUUGAAGAGACGGAGAAGAGGUCAAAAGCUCUAGAUGAGCUACGCAUGGAGAUUGAAAAAGAAAAGCAAUGUGUUGAGUCUGAGAGAGAUGUGCUAGAACAGGAAAAGUUUAAACUCAGAGAACUCAACGAUGAAUUUGCUCAGCAAAAAGAAAAGAACAGUAUUAUACUGACAGAGAUCCAGAAAGAACGAGACAGUCUUAAGCAGCUGAUUGAAACCAUCUCAAAUCAAAGGUGCAUCAUUGAAAAUGAGAAAGAGAAUAUAAGACUGAGAGAAAAUGAACUGAAACAUAAAGAAGCAGAGAUUGAAAACAAACAAAAACAAAUAGAUGAGUUGAAGAGCAUUUUAAGGAUGGAAAAGAUGCAAGUCGAGCAGAUGCAAGCUGACCAAGAUCAACAAGGGACAGUUGCUCAUGAAAAAAUACAAUAUGUAAAGACUGUAAGAGAGAGAGAAGCGGGAGAUCUGGAGAAAGAGAGACAGGAAAUUGACAAAUUGAGAGAAGAAUUGAGGGUAGAAUAUGAAAAUGUGGAGCUCCUAAAGAAAAAUAUAACUGAACAAAAAGAAGUAUUUAAAAGCCACAUGAAAUCACUGGAAAUCGAUAAGGAAGACUUAGAGAAAGAUAAAGCCAAACUGCACAAAGAAUUUGAAAACUUGCAGUUUCACAGGCAAUCUUUUGAAAAAGAGAUACAGCAGGUGAGAGCUAAGCUUCAGAAAGAGACUGACAAUAUUGAGAGAAUAAAGAAAGAGGUGGUGGCUGAAAAGCAAAGUAUAAAAGAUAUGGCAGCUCAAAUUGAACAUGAGGGAAAUGACAGAAAAGAAGCUCUGGAGAGGAUGCGUCUUGAGCUAGAAAAACAAAAGCAAACAAAUGAAACUGAAAAAGAUAUACUAGAAAACCAGAAAUCUGAAGUGGAAAGAAGCAAAACAGAGAUGGCUAGAGCAGAAGAAGAUCUUGCUGAAAAGAUAAAAAUGAAUGAUAUUGAUCGGAUAGAGAUAGAGAAGCAAACAAAUUCCCUUGAGCAAAUGAAGUUGAACAUCUCACAAGCGGAACGUGAUAUUAAACAAGCCAAGGACAGUUUAAAACAUCAAGAAAAUGAACUGAAUAUACGUACCUCACAACUUUAUGCACAACAAAAAGAAAUAGAAGCGAUACAGCAUAUUAUGAUGAAAGAGAAGAGUCAGCUUAAUGAAAAGCAGGCUGAAAUAGAAAAUCAAAAGCGAGAACUGGAGAAUAUGAUGGACAGACUUGAGAAAGAGAGGACUGAUGUAAUGGAAGAAAGACAAAGAGUGAACGGCAUGCAAGUAGAACUGAAACGGGAAAGUGAAAUAGUGGAUCUCAUGAAACAAGAAGUUCUCAGAGAAAAAGAAUCAAUUGAAAACAACAGGAAAAUACUGAACAGAAAUCAAGAGGAUAUGCAAGAAAAUAGAGCCAUCUUAUUGCAAGAGUUUGAGACCUUAGACUACCAGAAACAAUUGAUUGGCAAAGAAAAGCAGGAAUUCUAUAAAAUGAAAACUGAGCUCCAACAGGAAAAGGAAUAUAUUGCUAAACUAAGGGAAUGCAUAGAAAAUGACAGGCAGAAGGCUAAGGAAAUGGUAAACAAACUUCAAAAAGAAAAGGAAGAUAUAGAGACUUAUUUUGCCAGGAUAAAAUCAGAGGAAGCAGACCUAAGAAAACAAAUACAAACAACUGAAUCUGAAAAGGAAAAGUCUGUCCUGGAGGAAACUAAGAUAGAGAUACCCAGAGCGAAUGAAGAUCUUGAGAACCAACUUGAAACACAUAAAAGACACAAUGAAGAAACACUGGCUGAGAAGCACAAAGAGAAACAGAUUCUUGAGCAGUUAAGAAUGAACAUAUCAGGACAGAGAGAUGAUCUAGAAAAGAACAUUGAGCAAACAAGAUACAAACAAGCAGAGCUGCAAAGUCUAAAAAUGGAAACUCAGAAACAGCAAACCGAGAUAGAUGAGCAGAAGGUGAUGAUUUCCAUGGAGAAGAUUGGGCUUAGAGACAUUAAACUUCAAAUAGAUCAACAGAAAAGAGAGACAGACGAAACCAAAGAACAGAUAAGGAGGGAGAGAGAUUAUAUAGAGAGGGAAAGAGCAGAAAUAAUACAUCAAAAACAGAAUAUGGAGGUAAAUUUGAGGGAAGAAUUAAAAAAGGAGAGUGAAAAGUUAGAACUGCUUAGAAAGGAGUUGUAUGGUGAAAAGGAAAUAAUUGACAACUGCAGGAAGAGCAUAAAAACAGAUAUGGAUGCUUUGGAACAAACAAAGCUUGAUGUAGUUAAAGAGUUGGAGAUGAUCAAGCUUCAGAAACAAAUGAUCGAGGAUGAGAAAAACAAGAUAAAAGCUGAGCUAAAAAGAGAAGCUGAAGACAUAGAGAAAACAAAAGUAGUGAUGCAAAAUGAAAGACAGAAGCUUAAGGAAGCAACAACCCAUCUUCAAAAAGAUAGAGACAAUGUUCAGAGUCUUGCAGAGGAACUUGACAAGAAAAAAGUGGCUCUAGAAAAUGUGCAACACGAAAUAGAAAUGCAAAGGAAAGCAAACGAGUCGAAUAAACAGAUGCAAGAAAGGGCUCUAUCUGAGCUGAAGAAUACUGUGACGGAUAUAGCAAGAGCGAAGGAAGAUCUUGAAAACCAACUCGUUGAAGAAAGAGAAAAGAACAAGAACACACUAGCAGAAAAAGACACGCUUCUACCUAGAGAUAGUGUUUCAGAGCAACAGGAUAAACUGGAGCUCUUUAAAGUGGAACUGAAUAAUGAAAGAAAAUUAGCUGAGGAAAGGACACAAGUGUUAACAACAUACAACGCUGACAUAGAAGAAAAAAGAGCAGCCCUAGAGAGAGAGAUAAAGAAGCUUGAAUGUCAUAAAAAAGCUAUUCAAGAUGAGAAGGAUAGUGUAGAACAGAUGAAAAUUGAGCUGCAAAGAGAAGCUGCUGACAUCAGAAAGCUAAAAGAAGAAACACAAAUUGAAAGACAGAGUUUGGAAAAGAUGGCAGAAGAACUUCAGAAAGAGAGAGAAGAUAUUGCUCAUCUAGCUGAAGACACAAAGAGAAAAAAUGAGAUUCUGGAUGAAAUGAAAGCUGCAAAUGAUUCUUCAAUGGCAGAUCUACAAAGAGAGAGAAACAAUCUUGAGCAAAUGAGAGUAAACAUCUCCAAACAAACUGAUGAUAUUGAAAAUGAGAAAGAGAAAAUGAGACUAAGAGAGGAUGAAUUACAGCAACUUCAAGCAGAGAUUCAUAAACAACAAAGUGAAAUGAAAAACCUCAAGCAAAUGAUCAUGACUGAGAAGCAGCAGCUUGAACUCAGAGAGACUGAAAAACAGCAGAAGGAGCUGGAUGACAUUGUGGAGUGUGCAAAGAAUGAGAAGAGCAUUAUUGAAAAUGAAAGCGCUGCAAUGAACAGGGAAAAACAGAACAUAAUGGUUGAGCUGAAAAAGAAGUUUGACGAUGUUGAGCUUCAUAUGAAGGAGGUAUUGACUGAAAAGGAAAUGCUAGAAAAUGACAGACAACUGCUGAAGAGAGACCAGGAAAUUCUGCAACAAAAGCUAGUCAAUGUAGACUGUGACUCAUAUCGUCUGAAACUUGAGAGAGAAGCUUUGGGGAUUGAGAAGGAAGUGAUAAAACAGAUCAGAACUGACCUGCAAAGAGAAGCACAUGAGAUUGAGAAGAUCAAAUUAGAAACACAACAUGAAAGACAAAGGCUUGAUGAAAUGGCAGCUCAACUCCAGAAAGAGAGAGAAGAAAUCAAUAGUCUAAUUGUGGAAAUUAAAAAGAAGAGAGAUGUUCUGGAUGAAACCUUUACUGAAAUACAAAGGGAACAACAAGUAAUUGAAAGAGGUAAAGACUUGAUUAGAAGGGAAUGGUCUGACCUAGAGAAAACCAAAGCAGAGAUGUCUCAAUCCAAGGAAGAGCUUGAAAAACAAUUUUCUGAACAAAAAACAAACAUUGCAAUCACAAUGGCAGAGAUACAAAAAGAGAGAAACAUGCUUGAACAGAUUAGUGAGAAAAUAACAAUAGAAAAAAAUAUGCUUGAAGAUGAAAAGGAAGAAUUAAGAGUAGGAAAGGAAGAACUUGAAAGAAUACAGGCAGACAUGGAGAAGACUGAUUCAGAGAAAAUCACAACAGAAAUCGCUAAAGUCAACAAACUUCUUGCAGAACAGAAUGAGAUCACAAUAGAAGAGAUGCGGAGAGAGAGAGACACUCUUGAAGAAAUUAGGGUGAGCAUUUCAAAACAAGCGGAGACUAUUACAAAAGCUAAUGAAGAUGUUUCUCAAAGAGAAAGUGAACUCGCAAAGCUGCAGGAAGACAUUUUACAACAACAAGAUGAAAUGGAUGAACUGAAAAACACAAUCAUGAUGGAAAUGAGUCAGCUGGACCAGAGACAAACUGACAUUGAUCAAUUACAACGGGAGGUUGAUGAUCUAAUGGAAUUCACAAAGACAGAAAUGACCAACCUAGAAAGAGAAAGAGUGGAAAUGAUGGCACAGAAGAGAAACAUGGAGAGAGAUAUGGUGAGUAUAGAGGAAGAAAAGAAGGCCUGUGAACAACUGAGACUAAAAUUAUUUGAGGAAAAGGAUCGGGUUGAAAAAGACAGAGAACUGUUGACCAAAAAUAUGUAUCAUAUGGAGAGGCAGAAAAUGGAUAUGGAGAAAGAAUUAAAGAAUCUAAAAGUUGAGAAACAAACCAUUCAAUAUGAAAAGGAGGAACUAGAGAGAAUGAAAAUUGACCUUCAAAGACAAGCUGAAGACUUGGAGCAACGAUCUGAGAAAAGAAAAAAUGAAAGACAGGGGCCAGAAGAGAUGGGAGACAAAUUUAAAAAAGCAGAUAGACAUCAGUGGUAUUCCUGCGGAUGAGACAGAGAAGCAGAGAAUGGAAAUUCAGUCCACCAAAGACUUGCUUCAAGAAGAAAGAUCUGAGCUGGAGAAAACCAAGGCAGAGAUAAACCAAGCUGAGAAAG